AUGCAGCUGAAAUCGCUACUGGUCGCCGCUGCACUGCUCAGUAACUUUGCUUCGCUAACGUACGGGCGAGCAAUCGAUGUACCUCAAUCUGGUAUCUCCACUACGAAGCUUCCUGACACGGCGGGCGUCUACUAUGAGAUCGAACCCCGCAUGCUGAAGGGCCUCAGGAAGAAGUUAGACGAUAAACUGAAGGCCAUUAGGGAGAGAAAGAAGAAAAGUUCGGACGACAAAGACGCUACUGAUGGCGCCGAAGCAUCCGAUGAUGUUCCUCUAAUGCCUCCACCCGCAAGAUAUACUGGUCCGGCACCUAAUGGAAUGAAUCAAGAACCUGAGCUAUCGGAAUGGAACAAAUUUCUUGAUAUAGAAGUCAAGGAGGGUCAACUCCCACCAGCUUCUGGCGGAUACUUAAUGUAUUCAGGUAAAUCGGUCUCCGGUUUAUCUGAACGAAAAGCCUUCAAGGAUUCCGCAGCCGAGGACUCUAAUAUAGGCUACUUGAAUGACUGGCAUGAUACAUACCAUGGCACGGCUGCAUUCUCGAUGUGGGUCGACUAUCAGAAGGCGAACCCUGCCAAGUCGCACUUACCCAACUUUGCACUAUCCUUUGCUCAGGCUCGUCGAGCCGCAGAUUCUAAGCCUGAAUUGCACAUGCUAUUCAGCGACAAAGAGGAACCAUUGAUGCGAGACCAGAGUUAUUGGGGCGCGGUCGAGGCUGGCAUUAUCACGGGUCCUGACAGCAAAGUUAAUAAGAUUUGGAGAUAUAAUGCCGACGAGGUGAAGGCAGGAGAGCCGUUGCCACCGCCGAUCUUGGCCUGGGAUAGAAGCCUACAUGCGCCGUUUGGGAAGAAAAUUGAUGAGAUCGAUUGGAGGAUCAACCCAAAGCCUGGGCCGGGUGCGCCGGACAACCAUUUGGAGACGGCUGCACCAAAGGUCUAA